AUGCCGUCUGAAUGCUGCCUCAGUAUUCAAGAAAUGCUGACAGGCCAGAGGCUUUGCCACUCCGAAUCUCACAAUGAUAGUGUCCUGGCAGCACUGAAUCAGCAGAGGAGUGACGGCAUCCUCUGUGACGUCACCUUGAUCGCUGAGGAGCAGAAAUUCCAUGCUCACAAGGCAGUCCUGGCGGCAUGUAGCGACUAUUUCCGGGCAAUGUUCAGUCUUUGUAUGGUGGAAAGUGGAGCCGAUGAGGUGAAUUUGCAUGGGGUGACCAGCCUUGGCUUAAAGCAGGCUCUGGAGUUUGCAUACACAGGACAGAUUCUGUUGGAGCCAGGCGUGAUCCAGGAUGUGUUAGCAGCUGGCAGUCACCUACAGCUGUUGGAGCUUCUCAAUUUAUGUUCCCACUAUCUCAUCCAGGAAUUAAAUAGCUUUAAUUAUUUGGAUCUGUACAGACUUGCUGACCUCUUUAACCUCACUUUGUUGGAGAAAGCGGUGAUUGAUUUCUUAGUGAAACAUCUCUCUGAACUCCUGAAGAGCCGCCCGGAAGACGUCCUAACGCUUCCUUACUGCCUGCUGCAGGAGGUCCUGAAGAGCGACCGCCUGACCUCCCUGAGUGAGGAGCAGAUCUGGCAGCUAGCCGUGAGGUGGCUGGAGCACAACUGCCAUUACCAGUACAUGGAUGAGCUCCUGCAGUACAUCCGCUUUGGCCUAAUGGAUGUGGAUACCCUCCAUACAGUUGCCCUGUCCCACCCCCUCGUCCAAGCAAGUGAGACUGCAACAGCCCUGGUCAAUGAGGCCCUGGAAUACCACCAGAGCAUCUAUGCACAGCCCGUCUGGCAGACUUGCAGGACCAAACCACGGUUCCAGUCAGACACUCUGUAUAUCAUUGGUGGGAAAAAGCGUGAGGUCUGUAAAGUGAAGGAACUUCGGUACUUCAAUCCUGUUGAUCAGGAGAAUGCUCUCAUAGCUGCCAUUGCCAACUGGAGUGAGCUGGCGCCCAUGCCUGUGGGAAGGAGCCACCAUUGCGUGGCAGUCAUGGGGGACUUCCUGUUUGUAGCAGGGGGGGAAGUUGAGCACGCCAGUGGCCGGACGUGUGCCGUGAGGACUGCAUGUCGCUAUGACCCCCGCAGUAAUUCCUGGGCAGAGAUAGCACCCAUGAAAAACUGCCGGGAGCAUUUUGUGCUAGGUGCCAUGGAUGAAUACCUCUAUGCGGUUGGGGGCAGAAAUGAACUGCGCCAGGUCCUGCCUACAGUUGAGCGAUAUUGCCCCAAGAAGAACAAAUGGACUUUUGUUCAGUCCUUUGACAGAUCCCUUUCAUGUCAUGCUGGAUAUGUGGCUGAUGGUCUUCUUUGGAUAUCAGGUGGAGUAACUAACACGGCACAGUAUCAGAACAGACUAAUGGUAUAUGAACCUAACCAGAAUAAGUGGAUAAGCCGCAGCCCCAUGCUACAGAGAAGGGUCUACCAUUCCAUGGCUGCUGUUCAAAGGAAGCUUUAUGUUCUUGGAGGCAAUGACCUCGACUACAAUAAUGACCGGAUCCUUGUACGCCAUAUAGAUUCUUAUAACAUAGACACUGACCAGUGGACACGUUGUAAUUUCAACCUGUUGACUGGCCAAAAUGAAUCUGGAGUUGCUGUCCAUAAUGGGAGAAUAUAUUUAGUUGGUGGAUAUUCAAUUUGGACAAAUGAGCCUCUGGCUUGCAUCCAGGUACUGGAUGUAAGUAGAGAAGGUAAAGAGGAAGUAUUUUAUGGGCCUACACUCCCUUUUGCUUCCAAUGGAAUAGCAGCAUGCUUUCUUCCAGCUCCAUAUUUCACAUGCCCUAACCUUCAAACUCUUCAAGUGCCUCAUCACAGGAUUGGCACCAUCUGAAAAGCCAAUGCUCUGUUAAUAACCAUCAUGAACAGGAGGAAAAACAAAGCCCUGACUUUUGGAUACUGGUCAUGAAAAGACUCAGUGCUCAAUGCUUCCUUGUCUUGUUUUAUAGAUCUUAUAUUCAGAUAAAUAUUAGCAAAAAAUGAAUAGUUUUCUAAAAUACAUUAUUGAAAACCUAUGUCACCCUUCUCAUUGUAUGUCAACACACAAUACAAUAUGUGUGACUUUUAUUGUGGUAUAGCUUAGUGCCAGCUUAAUGGUACAUUAUUGUUCCAUUAGUCUUUAGAACAUUGUACACUUCUUCCAAUCAGCACUGGAUAGGACAACAUGACACUGUUAGUAAGGCAAUUUGUUUCACACAAUGACAUCAAUGAUUUAAAAAAAAAAAUCUCCAUACUUAAUCCUUUUACUAUUUACACCUAGGUUUGUCAUUUUUCUUUUUAAAAUUUAACAUUAUGCAGCCCUGCUCAGUAGAGACUCAGCAUUAUGACACUGUAAAUUUUUAAAUGCUAUGUUUUAUUCAAGGUGAUACAAAUAAUAGAAGUACACUGGAACAGCAGUUGGAAUACCUAAAUUUUUUACCUUGGUUACUCUGCCCUUGGUUCAUAACCUAACUCUACAAUGCUUCAGUGUUCUUACCUUUUAAUGAGAAUAUUACUGAUUUACAUAUUAAUUCAAAAGAACAUUGUGACGAUUAGGCAAAUGCUUUGAAGUACUUUGCCUAAGGAAAAAAAAUGUUACUCACAUUACACUGUCUUUAGAAUCUUCUAAAUGAACAGGAAGAUUUUUUUGAAGUUUAAAAAUUACCACACAGAACUUUGAAAACAUGCCAUGGGAUAAAUAAUUUUGAAAAUCAUGUGAAAGAGAUACACUAAUUAGGAAAUAGGGAGUUUACCAAAACCAAAGAUAUAUAAACUUGUACAAACCCUUGUCUCAAAUAAGAACUCAAAUGUCUCAUUUAAAGUCAUUUAGUGAAAAAUGACAUUUGAAAGCUAAAAAAAAUUUCAGUUGUACUAAUUAUGGUACCAUAAAGUGCUUUGACAUAAAUUUGAACCUAGAAUUGGCAGUUCUAAUAAAAGUUUUUCCACUUUGUUAAAGGUUAUGUCAAUCUUGAGUGCUUGUGGGAUUCUUCUCCACCACCAAUACAUAUUUUAUUACCACUUUUAAUAAUGAAUAAGAAUUCUUUUUUAGGCUAGGUUUUGGGGUUUGGUUUGUCUAUAACAAAAAACAAAAUAAGUUAAUCACAUUUGAACAUAAAUUCAACAAAUAUAAUGUAGAGUUUUUCUUCUUUUUUCCUAAUUUUGUCAGGACCUAGGUAAUCUUUAUUACAAGGAAGACUUUACUCUGACAUUUUUUUUCCCUUGGCAGUUUAAUCAUUCCGCAAUCCCUCUCUUACAGGAAACUGUCAUUUUAUUCAUGUAAUCAUUUUUAGUAAUGAAAAGUGAAAAAGAAUCUUUUUAUCUUA